GGCCGUGCAGGGGGAGAAACCGGGCGGACCGGAGGAGGAACCGGCGGCAUGGGACAACCAGACAUUAUCCCAGGUUCCUAUGCGAGUCUUUCGUGGACACACCAAGGCUGUGAACUGCUGUCAUUUCUGCUUUGAGGAUUCAAAAUUCCUAUCAUCUUCCCACGACUGUACAGCAAAGUUAUGGGAUAUUUCCUCGGGGAGAGUGAUCCAUGUCUAUGGAAACGAACACACAGCUCUUAUCUCUGAGUGCACUUUAACAUCUGACAAUGAAAGAAUGAUUACAUCGUCCUACGACAAGACAGUAAAAUGCUGGGACUUGCCCACUGGGAAGGUGCUGUGGUCUGUAAGCCUCGACGGUCUGGUGACUUCGUGCAACGUUUCAGUGGAUGGAAAGCUUGUAGCAUGCAGUUUGGAUGUCAAAAAUGCUGUGUGCAUCAUCGACGCAACAACAGCGUCAGCAGUUACAUGUUUAAAUGGUCACCAUUCCAGCACUGUAACCAGGUGUCAGUUCGAUCCAGAGAAUCAGAGGGUGUGCUCAGUGUCUUCAGAUGGCACCACGAAGCUUUGGGACAUGGUGGCACAACGUACAGUCAUCACAAUCAACCAAGCACACUCUAAUGUCAUCUCGGAUUGUGACUUCAGUUUAAAUGGGCGCUUCUUGUGCACGGCUUCCUGGGACAAGAGCUUGAAACUUUGGGAUAUUAACACUGGGGAGUUUCGUCACCGAGGGCCAAAUACACUUCAAGGAGUUCACAAAGGAUGUAUCAGCGCCUGUGAAUUUUCUAAAGAUUCAUCCAUUCUCGUGUCUGGUGGAUAUGACAAGACUAUAGCAUUAUGGGAUGUAGAUGCAGCAAGCAAAAAACUUGUCUUAAAGGGCCACGAAGACUGGAUACUGGACGUAUCGCUAAGCGCAAAUAAGCAAUGGAUCCUCUCCUCAUCAAAGGAUGCCACUUUAAGAAUGUGGGAUAUCCAGAAUCAUGAACAAAUUCCUGCGGUUAUUGAAAACAAGAAAGCAAUAGGCCCCCGCAUGGCACAGUGUGAACAAUGUGAAAAGCUGUUUGCCGUCAUGCACUGGGAUGACUCCAAAUUGACAACCUGUGUUUUCUGUCGCCGUGCACGUUCAUCCACUUCCAAAAAUGCAUUUCCCUUACCACCUGUACCUAACAUUUAA